AUAGAGAACUUUAUAUAAAUUCAAAUGAAUGGGUCUCUAGUCAGUCACGUGGAUACAACAAGAAACUGAUUCAUUUGCUCCACAACGUUCUCCUGUAGAACAAGCCCCCCAUUUUAUUCAAGUGUCUCCCAUCAACAUGAUGUAAUUUGAUGCUGUGGAGAGCUUUCCAAGGAUGCCUGCAUGGUGUAGUGCUCAAAGCCUAUUGUUUAGACACAUUGCAAGAUGACAACACAAUGCGUUUCCCACUGGUCACCAGGUUUUGCAGUGGUCUUCUGAACUUCUCCAUCACAAACAACAUUCAAUUCUUUGUUCUAAAGCACUUUCUGUAUUCCAGUUGGUUCCGCAUUAGCAGCAUUCAAUAUCGCUGUCCAUGGCACAAGUAGUGUCCUUCACAUUUGUCACAGAACAAGGAGAACAGGUUCUUCCACACCGGCACUAAAGGCGUGCUUUCUUUACAAAAGGGAGAGAGGGGUGAUCCGUGUAGCGGUGGCAGGAGAGAGUAACCAGAGACAUUCCCAGGGGUUUUCCUGGCCGUAGUCUGGCAGCAGGUCCGUGGGAGUGAAGGAAGAGAUGUUUAACUGCUGAUGGGUAAUUUGGAGCUCUCCUCAACGGCAUUAGGGGGAAAUCAAAUAUAUGUGCAGUGACUGGAAGAAAAGAGAGCUACGGCAGCAAGUUUUCCUCAGAGAUUCCAGUGGAGCCAUUUGAACCAGUAACCAAUGGCAACAGUCCAGGCCCUGUCCUUGAACCAGGACCCGAGCAAAAGCAUCUGUGCCGUUUAUCCGACUUCCUCUUUGGCAUCAGGUCGCUGCGUCAUGGGAAGCGUAGGCAGCCUAAUCGAGAAACCAGACGUGUCACCAACCAAGAGCAAUAGAGCAGUUCCACAAGUAUCAGGACGUCAUAACCAUGGCCUGCUCAAGAAGGGUUUUAACCAGAGAGAGCUGCUUAACUAUCUGAACAUCACCAAGAAGGAAGCGAAGGGCAGCAAACACAUCAUCUCUGGCACAUCCUCCAUCAAGAGAGAGCACAGGAGCGAGGAGAACGACAUCUACACCAAGGUCUACCAUCGAGAUGGAAAAGAGCUUGAUUUGGGAAAGAACUCACUUCCCAUAGGUGGCAAGUUUGAUAAGCCACGUUUCAGACCUUCCGCCUUUAAACCGGUCACCCCCAAAAACUUCAGCUCCAUGCAAAACCUCUACCCUUCCAAGUCGGAGGAGCUAGAGAGCGGCUUAACCAACAGCAUGCAUCCAUCCUAUGCCAAAGCAGCGCCCAAAUCGCUGUCCACCUCUUCCUCGUCCUCCUCCCCUUCACGGCCAGGCAUGAGCACCAGAAAAGGAGUUCUAGCAGCGGCAGCCCGGGGCCACAGCCAGGAAGAGGAGAACACGUCCGACUCGGGACACAACUCCAUGAACAGCCUGCCGCCCUAUCGGCCGCCGUUCCGCCCUCACUUGGGACAAAUCAGCGCCUCUAUGGGUCACAUCAAUCACAUCGGCUCACUGGAUCGCAGUUCGCUGGGCUCCAAGGGAGCCGCUUCCACAGUCACGGACGUGUCCUGUCACAGUAUGGCUACGCUGAACCGCCUGCAGUGCUAUGGAAGCGAGGCCCCGCCCCCCUACGAGCUGUCACACUCUAUGGAGGACGUGGUGAGGGACCUGGAGGAACGCCUGCAGGAAAAGGAGCACGAGCUACGUCAGAUGAGGAGGAACUUGGAUGAGAGCGAAGAUGCCAUUGCACAGGUUUUUGAAGGGAAGCAGCGGCUCUGGGAGAAGGAGGUUACAGAAUUGAAAUACCUGUACACUGCCAAACUGCGCCAGGUAUCCCAGCAGUCCCAGCGUUCCCAGCGAAACCUGCAGCUGCAGCUGUAUAAGGUACAGCAGGAAAGCAAACGGCUGCAGGAGGAGCUGGAUUCUGUCAGGCUGGAGUGCCAGACCCUGAAAAGUCAAAGCCCAGCGGGACAAAGCCAGAACAUUAAUCCCCAGCUGGAAGAGACCCAAUGGGAGGUCUGCCAGAAGUCUGGAGAAAUCGCUUUACUGAAGCAACAGUUCCGAGACUCUCAGGCAGAGGUCACACAGAAGCUGAGCGAUAUCUUCCUCUUAAAGACUCAGCUGCACGAGGCACGCAAUCAGAUACAGAGCAAGGACAGCCAGAUCGACAUGCUACAGAUGGCCCUACAGGGCGCCCGCCGGAAAUGCCCCUUGCCUGCUUUUGAGGACACUCGAGUGGAUGCGGGUGAGACUGGAGGAGCCAGUGCCACGGAGGAGCGUCUCAGAGCUGAACUGCUGCUGGAAAGGCGCCAGAACGAGGCGCAGACUUCCGCUUUUGAAAAUGAGAGAAGCACAUGGCAGAACGAGAAGGAGAAGGUGAUACGCUACCAGAAGGAACUGCAGGCCAGCUACCUGGAGAUGUACCACAAGAACGAGGCCUUAGAGAAAGAACUGGCGAUGCUGAGAGGGGGCUGGGCCAGAGCGGAAGAGGGGGGAGCAGGGGGCGGAGGAGAGGAAGCAAAGCCGCCCACCGGUCUGCCCUGGAUAGAGAGGAUUGAGUCCUCUGAAAUCUGACUUGGCAAAUGUUCUUUAGCAUCUGAGAUUAGAUUGAUGACAACAGCUCUGGAUCCUGAGACAAUAAAUAAACAAU